AGAGAGAGAGAGAGAGAGAGAGAGAGAGGAGGAGGAGGAGAAUACAAGCUACUGAAAGAGAAAGAGAAAACGACACAGACCAUGAUGUGAGACGCAUCAAGAGGCACAGCACAGACACAAUUCUGAUGGACGACUCAAGUCAACAAAUACAGCAAGAAUGAGGAGACGCUUUGCCUGAAUCCAGUCUCCUAUUCACUGUGCUCUGUGCCUGCCUUCCUAAUGCUUGGGUGGAUUAAGACACAACUGGCUCCAAGCACAUAGUGAUUAAAAAAAAAAAACAAAAAAAAAACUGACUGUAAACAAACUCAUACUGGAAAAAAAAACAGGGAGGCAGAGAACAUUUUUUAAUAAUUGAUAAAUGGGCAUAGGACAAUAACUGUGGACAGACAAAGUGGACAUGUUUCGUAUUUACUUUUAUAAGUCAUCCACGGUCAUUUCAAUUUCCAACUUCCAAUUUCCAACUUCUUUCUAACUUGUUGUUCCAAGUCAUGGCUGUCUUUUUAAGUGACCUUCUUUAGAAACUGAGUUGUUUCAAAGACAAGUCCCUCUCUUAUAAGUCUUGAGAAUCUGCAUAGAACAGGAUUGUUCUUCAUUGGUUUGACUGGAACAUUUCAAUUUAAACACAUUUUUAAGAAAUGUGUCUGUUUGGCUUGUUUAUAAAAUCAAUAUUCUUCAGAUCCAGUUAAACUAAAGACUUCACAAUUGACGCUUCAAACUUUUCCCGUGUCUCCCAUCCACCCUUCCCACUAUCUACCUUCCAACAAAAUAUGGGCAAACCACUUAGCCGCCCAGGCUGUUUCAGGAAGAGCUCAUGUUGCCUGGAGAAACAUGUAGUUGGAGAAAGAGGAGUGAGAGGUCGAGAUGUGAUGAUGGAAGGGGGAUACGGUGACGGCUAUGUACCACAACGAUCUAUCUAUGAUACCAUGUGCAUUAAUCAACAAAUUGACAGCCACCACCAUCAUCAUCAUCACCAUCCUGGAGGAUCAACGCGACGAGAUGCUGGAGGUGAAGGGAGUUUCAGCUACUCCGCAAGUGGCUCCCUUCGGGUUAGCAGAUCUCCAGCUGAAAUGUUCGACUCGCAGCCUUGCUCUCUAACUCCAAACCCCUCAUUUGUCCGCCGUCUGGAUGAACGGGCUAUCUACGAUUCGCUGAAACUCGGAGUUCAGGAUACUGAUGGUGGUGGCUGCCCUUCGCCUGGACAUUUCAACCGGUCAGUUUCUCCAGCUGUAUCUUCAUUCUCUGCACCAGGAGUGUCAUCAUCAUCCAAGAAGCACCACCAUCACUAUCACCCUCAUCAUGGAGAGAGUACAAAGAGUAGAGAUAGUCGUCACUCCUGGAAAGUUCUCACACCUCCAAAACACCUGGAAUGUUUGGACAUCACUACAAAUGAAAUGAUGGCCCAAGGAGGAGGAUGUUUGAACCCAGCACACUAUUCUCACCCAGGAAGGCCAUCUCCUUCUCUUACGUCUCCCCUUAUAUCCCCAUUCUCGGGCUCACCUCUCUCAUCUGGCUAUCAUACGCCAGUCUUCUUCUCACCUGCCAAACCACGCCCAAGUCAAUCUCAAAGUUUGCGUUGUUCACCUCCCCAUGUGAUUCAACCAAGACAUUACUCACAAAGCCAGAGCCUAAGGAUGUCACCACCCCAUGAACUUAGACGUUCCCCCUACCGUGCCCCGUUGGUCCAACUGUCUGCUCAUGACCUUGAGCAGGACCUGAGGGAGCAAGGUGGAUGGGGUUGUGGUGAGCGAGAACGGGAGUGGGAAAGGGAGAGAGAGAGGGAGAUGGAGAGAGGGUGGGCACAGCGAGAGUGGGAAAGAGAGAGGGAAAGAGGAAGACUGGAGAGAGAGAGAGCAAGAGAAAGGGAGAGGAAGGAAACAAGUUUUGGGACGUUUGGUUAUGGUCGACCGGUUCCUCUGCGUUCAGACAGAGACUCUGUCUUUUUAGAACCUGAACAGGUCUUAGACACAGUCCCACUUUUACUUCCCCAGCCUUCGCCUUCUCCUUCACCUUCACCAAGUGCUGCCCCAAGAAUGGGCACUGGUGCAGUGGGUAGAAAUAGAACUGGUUCAAAAGUAUUCUCAGAUGCUCUUGCCGAGUGUAUGGUUUCUAAAACUGACAAUGGGAAUAUGAGCUCAGGGUUAGUUGAAAGCAAGCCGAGUUGUGGAUCAAGAUUAGUCAGUGGAGGUGGAAGCAUGGUCGAGGCUGACAUCAUGACUGGGAUCCAUGGAAAAAAUAGAGUUGGAAGCUGGAACAAAUAUGAAAAUGGAGCCAAAGUUAGUCUUAAAAAUGGGUCUGAAAAAAGAAUGGGUUCACAGGUGAAAACAAGAGCAGGGGGGAGAGAUUUGGAAGGAAAAGUGGAAUCUGGAGUAUAUAUAGAAAAUGUGUCAAAAGCUGUAAACAGAGAGGGACAAAGGGGAGGGACAAAGGGUGGAGAAAAAUUUGGAAGAGCUGUCACUAAAGCAGAGCCAAUUCCUGAGGGGAGACCAUCAACUUUGUAUAAUGUAGACAAUGGGGUUGUGCUUGGAGAUCAAAUGGAGACUGGAACCGUGUAUGAUUUUAGAAUGAAGGUAGCUAUUGAAACAGAGCCUGAAAUGGAAGAAAGUCCAGAGCCGGUGGAGAUUGCAAGAGAUGAAGCAACCAACAUUGUUAAAAAGUUGAGCUCAGACCCAGCUGCAGUUUUAGAAACUAAACUUGAAAAAGAGGUAACGAUUGCGUCUUCACAUGAGCCGGAGGGAGCACCUGAUGUGGGACUGGCCAAGGAAAUAGAAAUUAAAACUAAGAAUGACACCGUCAAUCAAGAAAACAACAACAACAUAGAUAAAGCCCAGGUGAAUAUAGAGCCUGUGGAGAAAACUGAAACUGCUCCUCCAGAAAAAGCUCAGAAAACAUCUGUGGAUAUCGGAAAAAUAAUAUCCAGCCAUGUUGGAAAAGGAUCCAAAAGCCAAAAGUCCAAAUCCUCAAAGUCCAGUUCCAGGUCUCGACCCGGUACUGCCACAGGGUUGAGACCUGGGGUGCUUAGCCCACGACUUCGAAAAGGUCUUGCAGAUUUGGAAUCAACAGGCCCCGCUGAAGGUAUUGAGUCCACCUGGCCUCGUCGAAUCAUGGUUAGAAAGAGAACCGUUCGGCAAGGUGGCGCAAUCCAUAACCUUCCCAUCCUUCCACCACUUCCAUCAGUAAUCUCUGCCUUAGAGAAGCGCCGCCCACAUUCCCAUCUCCAUUUCCGCCCAGGCCAUCACUCAGAGAACCCACUUUCGACAGAUCUGAACAUUUUUACAGGCCGGAGCUCACUGAAAGAGCCUUCCCAUCAAGAGCAAGCCAAUUUAGCCAAUUUAGUGGGCAGAGCGUCCCUGAAAGAGCAGAACCUGGAGCACUGGAGAGUCUACAGAGACCAGGAAGAACCCAGAAAAUGUAAAACCAGGGAGAAACAAAGCGAUAAGACUGAUAACAAUAAUGAGACAGGGGGAAAAGAUCAAAUUGGAGAGAUCGACGACAGCAAUCAUAAAACUAAAGAGAAUGUAUCCAAGACAAAGGGUACAGUUGGAAAGCAACUGCUGGAAGACAUCAAACAAGAUAAGAUCAAAAUAAGCUUAGAACAAAACGUUCAAGAGAGUGGAAAUGAAAUAAUAAAAGUAAUCGUAGAAGAAAGGCAUCAUGACAUUAUCUGUGAGAAAAUGGAAAACAGAGACAUUGAAGAUGGAAAGCAAGAGCAACAGUUGCAAACGGAGGAGCUUGUGGCACAUGUAAAGAACGAAGAAGGUGUGGUGGAAGCAGAGAUUGGAAGAUCCUUUGGGGAGGAGCAUGCAAUCGAGAGUUGGGAUUCCGUGCUCCAGAUGGUCAACACUAUAUGGGAUGAUGGCUGGGAGAAAGGGGGAGCAGCAGGAGGUGAUACAGAUUCUUUAUCGGGUUCCCUUCAACGCUGGCCCCUCCUUCGGCCUCCGGUAGGCUUUGGAGGCUCCCAUCCCCCCUCGUCUGCAGCCUCGGAGCUCAGUUUGACAGAGCUGGAGAAGAGAGCGAGAGAGCUGGAUUCUGAUUUGGAACACCUAGAUCUGUCUCAGGGCCAAGGGGACACCCAGGAUUUAUACCAAACACCGGUGGAGUCUCAAAAGGAGCGAUCUGAUCUGUACCAAACACAUCCCAGGCAACAGAGAGAGAAAGGGUCUGUCUUGACAGGAGUGGGGAGCAGGUCCCAGGUCAGUCUUGAGUUCAGCUCCAUGGUAUUGCCAGUUACUGACACAGACAAAGACACUGUCGGCUGGUCAUUAAAAUCUCCUGCUGGGACGUCCACUGUGGGCACAAGCCCAAAUAAAGAGGACAGCUCUCCAGACUCCAACUUAACGCUGGAAUCUGACUCCAGUGGCGUCUUUCUCUCAUUAUCCACUCAGAGCCAGGAGGGGGCUGGCUCUGACAGCGACCAGCCAAUCAGUGGCUCUGACCUUGGCAGCAGCAACACAUCAUUGGACAAGGAAGGGGACGAUGGAGGUUUCAAGGAAUGGGGCAGGGAGGAGAGUGCUGAACUCCAGUGGUGCUACCCCUCGCUGCUCAGCACCUCCUCUCAUGAAGACGUUGAAGGAAAUAAGGACAACGCUGAGGAUAUUUGUGGCUCGAGAGGGAGAAAUGAAACAAGAGGGAAAGACGGAGAUGGAUGGAGGGAUGAAAUGGGAGGGGGACUAUUUUCAAGCUAUAAGUCCACACUGGACCAAUCAGACACAAGUCAGUGUGAAGCAAUGCGACCGAGAAGAAAAGUUACCAUCAUGGCAAAUGACCCCUUCCUUCCGCCAUCUCCAUUGAAGCAGCCAAUCAAACACCUGAUAGAUCCGUAUCAUAAGCCAAUUAGAAGCUCAGGACUGGACAGUAGUGACAUUGAUCCAUUUGUCCAACCAGAUAGCUUUGUUUAUCUUGCUGUGUCAGCAAGACCCGGCCCCCAUGGAGAGAUCUCCACAGUUACAGAUUACUCCACUCAAGACAUAAAGCGACACCUUGACCAUAAGAAAGCACAUUUUGAGCAUUCCAACCUGGAAUCCGAUGCCAGGCCGUCUCACCUUGCCCCCCGGAAACCAGAAGAAGGAGAUUUUUUAUGUACUGACAGUUUUGUAUACCUAGCUGCUCCAGAUUGCCUCCUCUUAGGCCCUGAAGGAUCAACAUCAUACAGUGGCAGGGAGUCAGACUCUGAAAGUUCUGGCUCUGAGCCCGUUGAUGAGUCUAUAUUGGGUUGCAGUUCAGUGGCAGGUGACAGCGACUGGGACUCGGACCUGUCUGAUUCGGGUCCCAGUCGCCCUUCCAAAGUUGCAGCUGCAGCGGCUAAAUCUGCUGGGUUAGCCCGGCCCAAAAGACUGCCAGCAGAACCGCGUUGGGAUUCAUUUGGAGAAAUCACAGAACCUGAGGUGCUGGACGAGCCCUUCAUUGAACAAGACCACAGCAGCAAAGGGAGCAAGCUUCCCAUCGGAUCGACAAACUUGGAUAAUCAACCUGCUGAAGCAACGGCGACGACAACAGCUGAGCAAUCGUCAUCAACCAAGAAGGUUACCUGGCAGUUCAAACCAGCCCAGAGGUCAGUCUGCACUGGAAGUAGGAAAGAGAAGGAGAAGGAAAUGACAUCAUUUUCAUCAUCGUCAGAGGCCAGGAUAACCGAACGUUGUCGACGUGAGGAGCAUCAACCUCCCCAUUCAUCUUCAUCGUCUUUAACAUCAUCCCCAUCCUCCUCCUCUUCUGGUUGAACAAAGCAGUUAUUGCCUGGGUCUCUGUGGGAAGCUUUCAACACAUAAACUGAGUUGGUUCCAAAAAAAGGUAGAGAAGUUCUUCAACUUUCUCUGUAGAAUCCGAUGGCUUGAACAGUCCAAGCCUAUUUUUUUUCUGUUAUCUUUUAAUCUUGCAGCUAGCUUUUGCCAUUGCCUUCUUGCCACAUAAAGAUGCAUAAAUGCUAACCAAAUGAGCUUACCUGACGGUAUGUAAUGAAUUUUAGUCAAAAGACUCUGAGAGACUGUGAGGAAAUGUAGUCAGUUACGGUUUAUACUGGGAGAAAUGAACAGUAAAAUAAAAUGAUACCUAUGGAUGAUUUACAGAAUACAGGUUGGCCUAUUGCACACAUUUUCAUAAUAUUUUGUAUUAUGUUGAAUGUACUGUACAUAAACGAUUACAAGAACAAUGUACUCCAGAAUAAACUCAAAACAAUAUUAUAUACAGUAUAUAAUAUUUGGCAUGAUCCUUCACCAUUAAAUGGUAGGUGGGAUUGGAAACAGAGUGCUGGAAUCUAAAAAUCUAACAAUUUAACAUGAUUGCGGCCUUUAUAUUGAAUAUUUUCAUUUUUCUUUCCCAAACGCCACAAUAUAUGGAUGUAUUUAACCAACAAACCUUUAAGAAUUGACUGAGGUCAAGCUAAAGUGUACAGUGUAUUUUAUUUAACAUUGCAGUGCAUUUAACUGUGUGGGACCGAUAUAUUUUCACCAUUGAGAUAAGAGCGUAGUAUUCUAUAUACAUAGAAUGGGAUCAAUAUGCAGACAUGGAAAAUAUUGGAAGGAUUUGUUCCCAUUUCUUUUCUGGCCUGAAAAUGUGAAUGUAUUCAUAAUUGAGCGAUGUGCUUAGAGAUCCACGCUAUAUUCUACGUGAAGUGUGUUUCCUGAGUGAUUUGUGUGCUAUAGCCGACUGUAGUUGAUGAUAAGUUUAAUUUUCUUCAAUGCUGCUUUCACCUCAGUAGAGCUAUUGCAAUUACUACGAGACAUAAUCCGAGAUCAGGAUUUAGUUCAGGGGCCACAUGCACCCCAGUUUGAUCUCAAGUCAGCUGGACCAGUAUAUUCUUGGCCUUAAAAAAAAAUAUAU